GGAAAAUUUAACUAUGAAAACGAAAUCCGCAUAAUGCAGAAGACGCGGGCGGCGGGAGAAGACUGGAUUUUUUUCUAGUAAAAUUUUCUUACUAGAAAAAAAUCCAGCAUACUUAUUAGCAGUUAAAUGCUUAAAUUAAAAAUAUAAUAAUACCCUUUCACCAUCGAAAAUAUUAUAUUCGUAUCUGACACUAUCGGAUGAUCACAAAUAAUUUAAUUUCCGUAACCUUAUUUAAAACCACUAUACUUAAUAAUAUUCAUAUAUGCGUGUCCAAUGUCCAUACCUAAUUCCAAAAUUUAUAUUUACACAUAUCCACAAUCUAAAAUACCCUUAAAAUACAUACAUAGCGUACAUAUACGUACGUAUAGAAAUCUAAAAAUCCUAACAUUUCGAAAAAAAUGGUACCAUACCUCAUUUAGUUACAAUAGUAUGGUAUUUAAAUCAAUAUGUACUUUUAUUAUUCAUAUACAAUGUAAUUUAAAAAAUCCGGACAAUUUUAAGAUUCAGACAAAGUCCGGACUAUAGCAUAAAAGUCCGAACAUGUCCGGACUAAUCCGGACGGACGGUAACCCUUUGUACGUACGUAGUCCAGACUACGCAAAAUGAAAUCUCGGUCCUUUGAAAAUAAUAAUAAAUAUAAGAACCUGGAAAAGUAAAUUAUUCAUGAAUGAUGGAUGAUUUAACUAUUUGAGCAGGCGAAAGAUAUAAUUUGAAGAUAUCAUACAGAACAAAAACAAACAUUUGUAUAAUAUAUUCAUUAAACUCUCUUUCGUCACUUGGCUCAAAAUUAUAACUUGGGCUAGUGUGAAGAUACUAUAUUAUUAUUUUAAUUUAUUUCUAUAAAGUUUCGCGCCAUUUAGCUUCUGUCCACAAUAUACUUACAUACGAAAACUAAAAUUCGCUCGGAUUUCUUGAAAGCGGUUUAUCAGGUUAAGGCAAAAAGUAAGUACAUUAUUUUAAAAAUUUAAGUGUUGAGUAAAAUAAAUGCACAAAACACAUUAAAAACCUUACCUUACUAUAUUACCUAUACUUAAUAUAAUCUUAAUUAAAUUUACAAUAGAUAUUUGGGGUCCGUGCCAUGCCAACAAACAUAAAAGAUCCUGAGUUGCCGUUAGCUGGCAUCACCAAAAUUAAAACUUAUUCCCGUUUUGUUUUUUGAAGUCGGGUUUUAUUUUUGUUUGUAUUUUUCACUUUUUAUAAGUCAGAGCAACAUCAACUAAGUUAAAGUUGGUACUUGGUUAACUAAGUAACAAUAGCCUUAACUCAUUCAACAUAGCAUAUUAAUAACUAUCGAAUAGGUAAAAGAAUAUGAACCUUGUGGUCAAUAUAGUAUUCUUAGGCAUUACGCUAAAUUUGAAGCUAAUGUGGGGCCCACAUAUUGACAAAUGGUAAAAGAAACUAGGCUCUGUAUCAACUACCGAUCGAUUAGUAUAUUUUAGGUUACUAAAUUAACGGGUACUGAAAAUAUAUGGACGAUUGAAAAGAGUUAUAUACAUAUAUAUUAUUUUAUGAUUCCAAUUUGAAUAAAGAUAUUUUGACUUUAAAUUUUUACAAAAUAUUGUUAUUCCUUAUUCAGGGACGAUAAUUAUUUGUUGAGAAGUUCGUCUGGAACUUCACUUCACAUGCAUUUCAUCAUGUUGUGCGGCAAACGUUCAAUUGCUCAGCAAAUAAAUUAAAGUUAUCUUGUAAAUAAUCCGUUUUUGGAAGUCUAUUAAAAAUAUUUGGGAUAUAAAUGUGAUAUAAUCUUAUUUGAGAAGAUUAAUAUUUGUCGACAAAAUGCAUAAUGUAGGUAGUUACCUCAGUCACAGUUCACUGCUGGAAAUUAAUUGAAAACAGCCAGCGAGUGUAAUGUUGCCGUUAAAUAAGUACUGCGGCAAAUGGGACAUCAUCGAUAUUCAUCACGGAGCUAUUGAAUCAAAUAGGGCAAUAAUUGAAUGCCAUAGGCCGUCGGAAUGAGUCAUACACCCUUGGAAAUAUGCACUUGAGAUGAAAUCAUAUUAUUAUAGUACAGAUAGUUCAAAAGAACAUUUUCUACAACAAUACUGCAUUAAUAUGCAAAGGUGACAAUAUCGGUAAUCCUUCUGUAAUGUUGUACAGUAAAUAAUUUGACUCAAAAUUAGAUAUAUCAGAAAAUAUAACUAGAAAAAAAAUCCACGCGGACCAGGAAGCAGACGGGACUCGAACCCUUUUUUCUAGUUAUAUUUUCUUUAUAUUUAAACAUCAAGCAGUUAUAUGCUUAAAAAUAAAAAUUAUAAUUAGAUAUAUCAGUUUCAUUUUGGCAUUACUCGUUGCCACAGAACGUUCUUACGGUAUUUUUUUCUUAUUAAUAAGUAUGUUGCACUACGCUCAUUGGAUUUUAAUUUAUGAACUAUUACAUUCUAAGUCCCAUACGUAUUAACAGUUCACGCAACAACUAACUACCUACUUACUGACAAAAAGUCUAAAACCGUUUUAAGCGAGAAAAUUGAUCGAAAAUAUAUUAAGUUGGAAUAAAGCCUUUCCUUCUACAGCUACGACAAAUCCUUGAAAAAAGAAACAUUUUAAGCGGAUUCCAAAUGUGUUUCCGAUACAAAAAUUCGUAAUCUCUUACAUGUGUAAGCAUACGUUAGCACAGAAUAAUAAAAACCCGGGUUCCGUAGUUGCCUGUAGUUACCACAAUAUAUUUGAGCAAGUCUUUAUUUACUAUAUCGGAAUUUAGAAAAACCAAUUAAUAUCAAUCUAUGUAUUUCAACUAAAAUACCUAAAUCAAAGGCAAACUGCGUCUCAAACUCAAAAUCAAUUGGACACUUUUUUUUUAAAUACCUGCGAAAGACAACUGCCGAUUUUUUUUUCUUUCGAGGCGGGGGAGCAUGUGUGAAAUCCUCAUGAAUACCCACCCUACAGCCGACUGCAAGGUUAUGUCAGACUCUUACUGACUAAAAGCUUCAUCUGAAGCGAUCGCAUCAUCCCCUCCGAUCUUUUCAAGUGCUUAUUAUAUACUUUUUAUAAAAACGUAACAUUAGCGCGACUCAAAAACAAUUUCCGUUGUUACUCGCGGUAGCGUUGUGGAACUAAUGAUAUUUUAUUGUGGUUUUAAUUUUUUAUUUUUAAAUUUUGUUGCAAUGCCAGGUUUUACGCUACAAUAACUUCAUUUAUGUCACUAUUAAUGUUUUCUUCUAAGGAAUUUUCAAUAGGUAAAAAGUUUUCUUGAACCAAAGUUGAAUGACUAUUAGUCAUAAACUAACAGAUGCAUCUUAACCGUUACAGUUUUCCUUAAAAGUUCAUUGAAAGCUAGGCUUGGCACUAGGAUCCCCUAAAUCGAAAAAUGAUCUUUAAAACCCCUAAGUAAUUUUAAAGCACCUAUUCAACGAUAUCCCACAUAAUGGGGUAGAUGAUGAAAAAAAAAAUCAUCACCAGGUUACAUGUACGGGAAAUACCAUUUUGUCGGUGUGAUCGAUAUACAUAUUUCCACAAAAUUACAGCUCUCUAACGCUGAUAGUCUCUAAGCCAAACCUGGGACGGACAGACGGACAUGACGAAAUCAUAAGGGAUCCUAGUCAGGACUACGGAACCCUAAAAACGAUACGCGACAGAUACAGAACAGAACUUUUUCAUUAUUGUUUUACAGUAUUCUGCUAAAUCGUGUUAUGACGCUGCGUAACGUUACACACAGGUAGGAUUUUACGUUAACAAAUUGAGCUGAAGGUCGUUUACACAUAAGUAAACAACACGUUUAGUUUAGUAAAUAGUCUGUCUUCGUGGUUUUUUCUUCUGGCUGACUGUAUGCUAUACGCGUCACCUAGAUAUUUUUUGUGUAACUGUGUUGUCAAUGAUACGAUAAACUCGUGGGCGCUUGGAUCAACGCCCAAAGAUGCCACGCCUCAAUCUAAAAACAACACAAGCGCAAGUGAAACUAUCAAGAGCAGCGAGUUGCAGUAUUUUAAUGAAUAACAACUUGCAGUAUUUAAAUAAAUAACAACUUACUCACCACAUGACUUUAAUCAUGUGUAUAUAGAAUACAGAUCCGUAAUAAAAUAAACGUUAAUUUUUUUUAUAAUUUCCUCAAUAAUUGAGGGCAUUAUCAAGCCAGCUACUACUUAUAAUUAAUAUAUGUUAAAGUAACUUCUUGAAAUACAUACUUAGCUUCUGAUUUCGCUUGCUGGAUUGGCAGUGUCAACGGUAUGACGAUAUUUAUUUAUUUAUUUGACAACAACAGGUCUUUUCCAAAACUAUCAAUUUUAUUUGAAUUACUUUUAGCUUUAUUUUGCUUGUUACAAGAUCAACCGUGAAUUGAAAUUUCGACACUUCAUUGACUGCAAAUAAAUAUAAAAUUGUUUCAUCAGAUGUGACGUUGGCUGUAUAUUAUUAUCUAUAAAUACAUCAAUUUAACUCUGGUUGAGUCUAAGUUGGUGUCGGAAAUGAGUUAUUGUCAUUUAUUCUUAAUAGGUACUUUGCUAGAUAUGUAUACAUACAAGCUUAGUUUUCCUAUUUCCCCAUAAUGGAAAUUCACUUAAAGGUACGGAUAUUUCUUGUCUCUUAAAAGGUUUCAUCAAGGUACUAAUUUUAAUAUUACUAUGAAAUUGGUUUUUAUUGAUAAUUAUUAAAAAAGGGAUUUGUUUUCAAAAUCAUCAAAUACCAAGCACAUCGCUCGAUAUUUGCUCUGCUCGGUCUAUGUAUAGUAAAAUGAAUGAACGCUGCGAACUUCAAUUCGCUCCCGGUGUGGUCUACACUCAAAAAUCUACAUCAUUAUUUAGGUCCAAAAUCCAAAACAUUGAAACAUAAGUCGUACAUAUUGCCCACUUGCACCAAAGAUCUUAAUUCAAAUAUGGGCUUAAUCUUGUUAAGCAUAUAAUUCCAUCUUUAAGGUCUAAAGUUUGUAAAAAGAAAAAAAAAUAAGGCUUCAAUAUGAUCAGCUUUUAAUUAAGAACUUUGAUGUGAAUGGGCCAGAGAUCCGCUAAAAACAAUCAUAUAACUAGGCGGUGACGUCAAAGAUGAUCUAUUUGUUAUUGUGAAUUGAUACGCGUACUCGUACAUUAUCUAUGAGGAACUGUAAGGUGCACAACUGAGAAGUAAGCGCAUUUGGACACGAUUGUAAAAAUUAAAUAACUUUAUCAAUAAGUACUUUAUAUUCUCACCUUUUACUUUUGUGACUUUGACUUUUCGGCAUGGUAUAGUUAUAAAAUACCAAAAAGAUUUUAAGAUCUAGCCUUAAUUUACAUUCACAGAUUGGUAUGGAAAGCAAAUUUACCUUGUGAUUGUUUGCCGGACUGGUAAGUGUUAAUUAAUCAAUAUACCAUCUGAUAGUAGUAUAAUCAAAGUUUUAAAUAUUCUCGUUUAAUAACAAUCUGAAUAUGUUGGCGAGGAAUUCGCUUAUAUGCGCUUCGACUCUGCUAGAAUGAAUUGACCAUCAAAUGAUUAAACCGCUCAUUACGGGAUUAGAAUAACGAAGAUAUCUCAAUUUGAUAAAAUAAAUCUUAGAUGUUUAAAAUUGACUAUUAGGCCCACAUUAUUAUAGAACGCGGCUCAAGCAGCACUUAAACUCGAAUCACGCAAUGAUUGUUUUAUGUGUACAUCACUACUCAAUUGCUCAGCUUAUUACAGGUCGCGUUCUUAGAGCAAAUCAGCUGGAACUAGAAUCAAAAAUCGUUUUGAACUCCGAUCAAAUUUGUCUACACGUCCGUUUAAAGAUAACUCUUAUUACAACAGAUUAAGGUGUGCAAAAAAUUACAUUGUGGUGACCUUUUAAAUUAAAGGAUAUCUUAAAGAAUAAACAUCUGAAGCUGCAGUUAGGAUCAUUUUUGUGCUUUGAAUUCUGGUUGUAUCAAGUGGAAGUUACUUCCACAUCUUAAAUAAAAGAAAGACUUUGUAUUUUCUUAAUAUUGGCAAAUUAAAAAAACAUCUUGCAAUGAGGUAAAUAUGGAAAUAAAGUAUGUAUUUGUAAUCAACCUACUUCAUAUGAACAUAUAUCCCAGAAAUUGCCACAGAAAACAAGGGCUUACUGCAACCAUUAUCUCGUAGUGGCUUAUUAGGUACUAUAUUUACAAGUUUUUUUUUGUGACAUUAAGGCUAGUCAUGGUCCCUAUAGUAAAGGAUCAUCAUCAUCACCAGCCUAUUAAUGUCCCCACUGCCGGGGCACAAGCUUACCCUAUGGAUGGAAUAAAGGGAUUGGGCCAUGGCCCAAUGCGGCCAUGACCCACCACGCGGGCCCAGUCUUACCAGAAACACGGAGGAGCUCGAGAUGAUAAGUUUUUGGUCACCCAUCCAAUGACCGACCAUUCCGAAAGUUGCUGCACGAUCGUAGGCCGAACGCGCUAACCACCUGCGCUAUCGAGCUCCUUGAUGCGUCCCUUAGUAUGCAUACUAUGGAUUACUAGUUUUUUUUAGGUGACUCUAAGUCCCCCCGACUGGACCUCAAAAAUGGCGAAUAUAACCCAUCAAAAUAGAAAACGGCAUUAAUAAGACAAACUUCAUAAACUCGCGUUACAACUUUAUAUGGGACUAUAAUACGGUUUCUCUUCGGAGGAAUGGUGUCGACCAUACUCAUGUAAAAAAGGAUCAAAUCUUUGCUAAAGCGUAGAUUUUGACAUAAAUGUCCUUCUGAAAUUAGGAAUUACUCAGCUGAGUCUUAUUGUUUAUUGUUUCAAAACCGUUCUAAAAUUAAAACUCGUUUUGUAACUACUUUUAAAACUAGAUUCCUUACUUAGAAAUGUUCUAUAAUAAAGGCCUGUGUAGUGGAGAGAUGGACGUAAAUUGUUUUUUAGAGUGAAAUAUGAGUAAAACCGUACUUUGAGAUAGUAAUUCAACAAAAAAAAAGAUAUAAGUAGGAUAAGAUAUGAGAUAUAAUCACCUAAUCUGAUACCCACCUAAUUUAAUAUCUUUGUUUUGUAAUUACUUAUUAAGUAUUUCUAAGUAUUAAAGUCGAACUUGAGCUCGAUUUGCAUCUUCAAAUUUUCGACAGUGAAAAUACUAGGGUUUUCCAUUAUUUUUUCUUUCAAAUCGGUCAAAGCAUUAUUCAGUGAUUUUAAGAUACAGCAUUAACUCAUUUAAAUUAACUCUUUAAUAAAUUAAAUAGAGAAGGCAUGAAAAUUAUUGUGUGUAUGUAAGAUGCACGUUAUUCUUUAUUUUAAUUUAAAAUUUGGAAAAUUGGCAACCCUUCUUAUACGGUGAUUCCGGUGUCCGUCAUGCCAGCAUACAACACAUCGAGUUCGAGCAACUGGCAACACUGGUCACAACUGUCACUGGUGCCAAUUCUGGCGUGAUUCUCUAAACUUAAAACUAAAUUUAACAUCAGUCUCUCCUUUUCAUUCUGUAUAGAGAAUGACAAGGAUAUACUGCUGUCAAAUUUAAGUUUAGGUUUAGAGAAUCAUGCUAGAAUCGACACCACUGUCAAAUGUCAUCAUGGGUGAUCUUGAGUUGAGCAUCAUAGCCGCUUUCUGUACAUUUUUAUUUAAUAAACAAUAAUUAGCAAAGAACUUAUUAAGGGCUUAAAGUACUAAAACUUACUGCUAUUGUUUCUUAGGUUCAAGUAGUGUUCUAAUCUGCUUUUUGAAAAAUAACCUAAAAUGGCAGCUAGAAUUCUAAGAACCUUUUUAACAGUUAAACCUUCAAAUAGUAUAAUAAAACGUUUCGAAAGUAAUAAAAAAAGUGUAUCAGUAUAUGAUCCGUUUCGAAAUAAACCACAAAAAAACAAAGAAGCGUAUCUGGAAGCUAUCAAAAUAUUUGAAUCCCAGGAUAAAAGAAGAAGAGGUCAUGUUGAAUUUAUAUACGCUGCUCUUGCUCGCAUGAAAGAAUUCGGUGUACACAAAGAUCUGGAAGCUUACAAGGCACUAGUAGACGUCUUGCCAAAAGGAAGAUUUAUUCCUACAAAUAUAUUUCAAGCAGAAUUCAUGCAUUACCCUAAGCAACAACAAUGUGCAGUUGACUUAUUAGAACAGAUGGAAGAUAAUGCGGUGAUGCCGGAUUCCGAAAUGGAACAAAUGUUGUUGAAUAUAUUUGGACGCAGAGGUAUUCCUGUUAGAAAAUUUUGGAGAAUGAUGUACUGGAUGCCCAAAUUCAAAUAUCUGAGUCCCUGGUUAUUACCUGAUAAGUUACCAGAUGACACUUUAGAAUUGGCUAAAAUGGCUAUUCAAAGAAUAACCUCGGUUGACCCUGACAUCAUAUUAGAUAUUUGGCAGACAGAAGAAAUUACUGCAUCAAUAGAUAAAACAUGGAUAGUGAGCGCACAGAGCAGAGCACAGAAAGUCCUACUUGCUGAACAGCCCUUGGAUGAGCCGCUCGUUGUCAAAGGGCCUUACAAUGUUUAUAUGAGAGACCAAGUAGUCACUUAUUUUACUCUUAUUGGUAAAACUAGACCUGAACCUACGGAUGAUAGAGAUAUUGAUGAUGUUUCUAAUAUUUCAAAACCCACCGGAAUACCUGGUUUCAUAGGAAGCACAAAAUUACCCUCAGUAAAAUGUACAGUACAUGAACAAGAUGAUGGCACAAUUGUGUCAGUGUGUGCUACAGGUACCUCAUCAAGGGAUUCCCUUCUAUCAUGGAUAAGGUUGUUAGAAAAAUAUGACAAUCCUCUGUUGUCAGAAAUACCUGUAAUAUUCACACUUACUGCACCACCAUCUGAUAUUGCUAUUCAGGAAACCCAACCAGCAACAACUGAAGAAGCUAACAAAGAAGGCACCUAACCUCAUUUUUAGAUGAGAGCUAAUGGGAAAGGAAAUUAUUUAUUAAAACAAAAUUUAUAGACAGAAGCCAUGUAUUUUACUAUCCUUAUGUUGAUUGUUAAAGUUUCACUUAAACUAUUUUUUUUACAAUUAAAAUUGUGUAAUAUUUAUGCAAAUAAUACCAUAAUUAUACAUAUUUUUUAUAAUAAAUAUGACAUGUGUGACCAGUCAGUCCAAUGGAUAGUUACAAAUUGCAAUGAAAACAAAUAUACCUGCCAAUGCUAAGGCCACACUAAUUUAAAGAAGGAGUCACUAAGUUAUCAAUUCUCUUGAGAAAAUAAACAAAUACUGCAUAUUAUACUAUAUCAUCAUAAAAUGUAAAAUAUGUGGGACCUUUGUUUAUUAAUCAUAUUGGCUACUCCUGAAACAGUAAGUAUUAUGUAUAUUUAUCUUAACAUGCUCUAUCGCCAGAUAUUUUUAUUUUUACCAUAAAUGGGAAGCCAGCAAUUUCCCUCAACUACUUGUAUAGGAAUUGCAAAGAAAACAAAAUGUAACUUUAAUACAAUUGCAAUAUUUUCAGCCUUUUAUCACCUGGUUAACUAUACUAGUGUGUGUUUACACUUAUCAUCUAAUUAAACUAUACAAAGUUCUAUGAAAAACAUAAUAAACAUAUUUUUUACACAACAGGUCUAUGGAACACAGUUCAUUUUGGUGGUAAACAUAAUCACAAUUAUGUCCAUUCAUAAUCAUCGUCCACUUCAAAGGAAAUUGUGCCCCACUGUCAAGUGAUGUUGUGCCAGUCUGCUUGUGGUAGUAAAUAUGUUUCAUUAUCGCUUCUUACAACAGCAACAACUGCACCAUAAUAAGGAACAAUAUAAGCUGAACCAUCUGAUGGCCCAACCACCUUAAAGAAAAAAGAUAUUAUAAUUAUAAAUGCAAACUAUAAAUGAUAUUUUCACUUAGAAAUAAUUAUGAUUAUAACAAUCAAUUACAAAGGUAUUAGUGGCCACCUGCGACUUAGUCCACGUUAACUUCAGUUCUUUGAAAAUCCAUCAGUGACCAUUAUGAUCAUGGACAAAGUCAUGGACUAUAUGUGUAAUAAAAUAAAAAGCCUUUUUUUAACCAUAUUUGAACAAUCUUAUGCAAUUUUUUAUUCUUAUUUACUAUAAUUAUGGGCCCCUGAAAGCUGAAAGGGUGAAGCCCUCCGCAGGUUUCCGCUCAAGACUAUGUGUACUAAAUUUUAUUCAAAUCUGUUCUGUGGUUCAGAAGAGAAAGCAUAAUAAAUAAAAAAAUCACUCGCAUUUAUAAUAUUAGUAAGGAUAAUUACAUAAUGAAAAAUAUCUACAAAUGAAAACUGACAAUGAAAUAUCCUUGUUUAUAAUUCAGACUGAAUACUAGCUUUGUCAUCAUUUCCUAGGCCGUCUGCAUGGACUAAGAAUUUUUCCCUGGUGAAACUUUCACUACUAAAAUACAAAGAAAUCCUAUGUUAUAAAUGAUAGUGCUUUUGUCUGUUUGACUUCAACCCAGCACCCUUCUAACAGACCAAUCCUAAAGAAACUUAUUGAAUAGGUUAAAUCAAUGGUACCGAUUAUGGUGUGAUUCUCUGAACCUAAAAUUAAAAUUGACAACAGCGUAUUGUAAUUGUCAUUCUUUAUAAGGAAAGGAAAGACCAAUGUUAAAUUUAGUUUUAAGUUUUGAGAAUCAUAACAGAAUUGACACCAGUUUUUUUUUGUGAAAUAUAAUUUACUCAUACCUGUGCAGCAAUCAAUAUGAUGUCCAAUAAUUGGCCAAUAAACAUAAAACCUAAUGUGCAGAGUUUAGCUAGACCAACACCAGGGUAACCAAGGUAAAACCUGUCCAAUCCAAACAUCCCCAAAAAUACAGACAAUAGCAAUGCAAUUUCCAGGGAGUAACCAUUACUGUGGACAAUAAAUAUAAUUAUUGCAGUCAUCAGGUAGUGAAAUUUAUAGACAUUAUUGUAUUUAUCCAGCAUUCUACUUAAACAUACAAUUGAAAAGAUCUUUAUUCUGCAUAUGUUAAAUAAAAUGUUUAAAAGGAGAUAACUUAAGUAGUUGAUGUUUGUAUUAUCUUGCAUUUGAAGUACUUACUUACUUAUUUUAUUAAUUUCAUAAAUUGGAAUAUGAGCUGAGGGAAUAAAAACAACGUUAUUUGUUAUACUUACGUCCAUUUGCAAGGAAGUUUCUUUUUGAAGAUGGAGCUGUUUGAUUCCUUGCAUAUUAUACCAUCGGCAGCAAUGCAUUGCACUAGAAUAAAAAUAUAAAGGAUCAGGCGUAAAAACUUAUACUCAUGUGUAGUCCUUACAAUAGUUUAUCAGCUAUUAUCAUAUAUUAAUAAUACCUUCAGCCUCUCCUUCAGAUGGAAUGACUUCUCCUUUCAUGCAUCCUCGAUACUGCUGUGUUUCGGGAUCAAUUGGAUUUAUGCUUGGAUCUGGGCAUAUGUAUUGUCCUAACCGUAAGGUAUUACAGUCUACUGCUUCAAUUUUAUCACUGGCUUCAUCUGAGGCGUUAACAAGUGAGAAAAACAAUACGAUGCUUAUUUUAAUAAAGUAUGAUUUGAACAUAAUCGUAUACUUCUUUGACAACUUAAGAACGGUUUUAAAUGAACAGUUUACUAUUAAAUAUUAUCACAACUUGAUCUUUCCUUCCUAGAAAAAGUAGGAUAAAAUUAAACAAUAUUUUAGUCACAGAAUACACAUCAGAAUAAUGGCGCAGCAAGUACGUGUAUACAAUUGUGCUACUAUUAUAAAUCCUAUGUAUUGGUAAUAAAGGUGCUUUAAAUGUCAAGUUGUUUCCAUUAUCUAAAUAGUCAUUGUACACGUGACAUGACAAAUGCUGACUGUGACAUUACUUGUUUUUAUGAUU